GGCUCUCUUUUCGUGCGGAGGGCGCCGGCGGACAGCCGGUAGGACGGCUCCAGGAGGGUUGUGGUGGACGCCUGACAACAACGUGGGGACUCCCUGAAAGCAGAGCGGAGGGGACCCGGAAGUGUAGCCACCCGAGCCCUGUCGGCCCCUCCAUGCUUGGUUGGAGGCUGCUGGCUCAGGCCGGCGCCCAGGUGCUGGGCCGCGGAGCCGGGGGCCUGGACGCUGCCCGGGGCUCCGGAGGCAGAACAGACAUCUGGCUUUUGGUUAGAAGUCUCCAUGGCAAGAGUGGUACUUGGUGGGAUGAGCAUCUUUCUGAAGAAAAUGUUACAUUUGUUCAGCAGUUGGUCUCUGAUGAAGAUAAAGCCCAAUUAGCAAGUAAACUGUGUCCUCUGAAAGAUGAACCGUGGCCUAUACAUCCUUGGAAACCAGGUUCCACUAGAGUAGGCCUUGUCGCAGUGAAGCUGGGCAUGAUGCCUUUAUGGACCAAAGAUGGUCAAAAGCACGUGGCCACAUUACUUCAGGUACAAGACUGCCAUGUCCUAAAAUAUACUCCAAAGGAAAACUGGGAUGGAAAAAUGGCAGCCCUGACUGUAGGAGGGAAAACUGUAUCCCGUUUCUAUAAAUCCCCAUCCAUAUUGGAAUUUUACAAAGAAGUUGGAUUGCCACCAAAACAGAAAAUUAAAAUAUUUCGAGUAACAGAUAAUGCUGUAAUUAAGCCAGGUACUCCUCUUUAUGCUGCUCACUUUCGCCCAGGACAGUAUGUGGAUGUCACAGCCAAAACUAUUGGUAAGGGUUUCCAAGGUGUCAUGAAACGAUGGGGAUUUAAAGGCCAGCCUGCUACUCAUGGUCAGACGAAAACUCACAGGAGACCUGGAGCUAUUUCAACUGGUGAUAUUGCCAGAGUCUGGCCUGGAACUAAAAUGCCUGGGAAGUUGGGAAACAUAGAUAGGACAGCAUUUGGACUGAAGGUGUGGAGAAUAAACACAAAGCACAAUAUAAUCUAUGUAAAUGGCUCUGUACCUGGACAUAAAAAUUGCUUAGUAAAGAUUAAAGAUUCUAAAUUACCUGCAUAUAAGGAUUUCUGCAAAAAUCUACCAUUCCCUACAUAUUUUCCUGAUGGGGAUGAAGAGGAACUACCAGAAAAUCUGUACGAUGAAAAUGUCUGCCUACCCAGCGCACCUUCUAUUACAUUUGGCUAACCUCCUUGGACACGGAAGACCCUCACAUAUUUUGUUAGCUUUGAUGAGCCAGAACAGUAAUAUAGCCAGGAAUUAUAUUUUACUUUCUUAUUCACAAUAUCACACUUGUCACCUUUGUCAAGGACAUAAAUAUAUCAUUCAUCCCCCAAUGGAAUUUUUUUAAAUUACCACAUUAAAUAAAUCAGUUAAGUAGAUUGGAUAUGCCAAAUUUAGAUGGACUGGCAGUGUGCACAUUAGUAAAAUCUUUGUAAUUUGUGGGUUUAAUUUCUUUUGUACUACAUAUUUUUCAAGUUAUUUUAAGAUGCUCAUAAAUUUAACUGUUAUUAGAGAUGUGUCUGUCUUUGUGAAA